AUGAGCGAGUAUAUCGAUGGCAUUGAUAUCUCCAAGGAAUUUGGCAUGGCGCGUAUGAUCUACGUUGAUGGAGAUGCCCGAAUCGACAACCAAUGUCCUUCCAGCUUUGAUGUCACCUAUAGGCUCGGCAAGGCCUUGAGCUCCGAUUCAACUACAGCCAGCCCUGUCUGGGGCAUCGCACUCCAAGACGGAUACUUGCACUGUGGGUGGAUCAGAGACCCAUACUUCCAUUACCUUCUACGCAUUAUCGACUUGGGAUAUAUCAUCGAAUGUACCCUACAUUCACGCAAGAAAUUCUACUGGGAGGACGAGGACUGUUACCAUGGCAGUGUUAUGUGGGAGGUCGUUGGGAAGGUUAAGAAAGAAGAAGAGGUGGAGGAUGAGUAUAGCGUCAUGGUUAAGGAGGAAAACGCGGAUGAUAAUGACAACGAAAACAUUGGGGGGGGUGGUAGCGGAAACGGGCAGAAGCAGGAGGACAAGGAGAAUUAA